AUAUUUUCAUCACCCUCUCCCCUCACAAAAAACCCAACAUUCAUUAGCAGCCACUCCCCAUUUUCCCAUUUCCCCAGCCUUGGCAAUCCCUAAUCUACUUUUUGUCUUUAGACUUGCCUAUUCUGGGCAUUUCAUAAUUGGCCUUAUACACUAUGCGAUCUUUUGUGUCUGGCUUUCACUUAGUUCCCAACGUUCAUCCAUAUUAUAGCAUGUAGCAGUACUUCAUUCGUUUUUAUUGUCUGAUAAUAUUCCUUUGUAUAGUUAAACCAUAAUUUGUUUAUCCAUUGAAUAUUCAAUGGAUAAAUGAAUGUUCAUUCAUUUGAAUAUUGAAUGAAUAUUCCGAUUAUUUCCACUUUUGGCUAUUAUGAAUAUGCUAUGAACAUUUGUGUACAAAUUUUGGUGUAGAUAUGUGUUUCUAAUUCCCUUGGGUAUACACUCAGGCGUGGAGUUGCUGGGUCUUAGUUUGGAGAGACUUGACCUUGGGUAUAUACUCAGGAGUGGAAUUGCUGGGUCUUAGUUUGGAGAGACUUGCAAGCUGAGGGUACCGUGGGGACCAGUGAAGAGGGAGGGGAGGGAGAUACAGAGAGGGUCAGGGGUGGAAGAGGUAGGGGCUGGAGAAGAGCAAUUUUCUUCAGGGUCACUCACUUUCUCUGUUGGCAUACCCUAACGUCCUCACUUCGUUUCACAAAUACUAGACUCUUCGCACAUGCACCACACUUGGUGACCAGGGGGCAAAUCCAGUGCGUGGAUAAAGCACCCUUAGAUCCUUUGUGGACGCAUCCUUCAGGUUUUCUGUUGCAGUUCAUAGUUUUGGGAUCCCUUCUGUGUAGAGCCUGUCACAUUCCGGUUUUAUUUUCUCCCGUAGAUUGGUUCGCAGGUGAAUAAGAACAAUUUACCAUGGAGCGUGAGUCUAACACCUGGUUCCUUAGGUCAUUCCAGGCUCCCAGCCGUCCAGGUUAAAGGAGGAGGACAGAUACUAGCGGUCCAACACCACGAACACCAGCAGUCAGCUUUUUACAUUCCCUUUGGCAUCCGCCGCGCACGCGCUGAUCUUCUGCCAGGCAGCGGGCGAGGCGUGGGCGGGGCGUGUGUCUCCAGGGCCAAUCGGAAGCGAGCACCCCCGCCCUCCAGGUCGGUGGACCCAGCUUGACCCCGGCGGUGGGCGGAGGAGGCGGGGCCAGUCGCGCAGCAGCGGAGGGGGCGGGGCCCGAAGCCUGGAGGCGGAGCCUAGGGCUGUCAGUCCCGCGCCAGCCGCUGCCGCUACCGCUGCCGCCGCCGCCACGGUUCUUUGCCUUCUGUAGCCCCGGUGGCUGCCGGCGCUGCUGUUCGCUGCCUGCCGCCCUGGCAUCCCAAGCCGCCUCCCGUCACGCUGGCCCGGGGCUCAGGUGUUCAUGAAAAAAAUGCACAAAAUCCUGACUGACCGGAAUAAUUCAUGAAGAAGGGGCUGAAUCCGUGGGUCAGAGAACACAGGACCAGUUUGCCAUCCCAAGGCCCAAGGUCUCCCUCCAACACAGCCCUCCAAGUUCUAAGAACUCUCUGACACAUCUCAACCAUGAGACCACGGCUGGCUUUGGGCAGGAUCUGAGAACCAAAUCCGCAGCUUUGACCUAGUCCAUGGAGGAGCCUCAAGAGGUUCUGGCCAGGCAAGCGCCCCCUUCCGGAGGGAAGAGCCGAGCGUGAGAAGAGGGCGGCUGCAGCAGGAGUGGACAUGAACGCUGGUUUUCAGAGAGAACGGCGUUUCAGUUUUGGUCAUCGAAAGUGGUGCCUGCAGCACAGGAGACCAGUUUGCCAGGAAGGUGCUCAUGAACUGGUGAACCCACAGACCUGACCCAUACCAGAUAUCUCGGGCUUCUCAAGAAGAGCGUGAGCUCCCCUCCACGGCUGUCGAUCUCCAACACAGGGCUAAAGGGGAAGAGAGGCAGACAGAGCCACCUGCGGCCUCCAGCGUGGCUCCUCUCCUGCCGGGACCAGGGAUGACUGGGCCACGCACACAGACGUCUCUGGCCUUCAGCAGUUCGCGUAGCACACCAGGGACUUGUGGGGGGCCACUUGUCACUGCCAACUGAGACAACAUGAUGGCAACACUGACGUCCUUCAUGAUGCUGCUGCAACAGACAUUCAGGCAGAAAGUGCUGGCGCAUUUUCUGUCUACAAAGUAAAGGGCCAUGCCUCACCGAAGUGACUAGCUCAAGCCCUGAUGACUUGCUCUGAGUCCACUCACAGCCAGUGACACUUGCAGAAAACCCCCAAAGCCGUCUUGGGUUUGGCUUCCUCCGCUCUUGACCCAUGUGGCCAAAGCCAGACGCCUUCUCGGGACACUCGGAUUACCCAUAAAUGCAGCCUACCCUGACCCUCCCUCAAUAGCAUCUGAAGUCUCUGUGGAGGUCAUGGAUCCUGAACAAAGUGUCAAGGGCACCAAGAAGGCUGAGGGAAGUCCCCGGAAGCGGCUGACCAAAGGAGAGGCUGUUCAGGCCAGCAUCUCGGCCGGUGCGCCGUACCCAGGCAGCAGCACAGCGGCCGCCCCCGAAGGCCCCGUGCAAGAGCUCCUAGCCCCACAGCCCUUCCCAGGCCCCUCGCCGGUCCUUAGGGAAGGCUCUCAGGAGAAAGCGGGCCAGCAGCAGAAGCCCUCCAAGAGGCCCUCCAUCGAAGCCUCUGUCCACAUCUCGCAGCUUCCGCAGCACCCUCUGACACCAGCAUUCAUGUCGCCUGGCAAACCUGAGCAUCUCCUGGAGGGGUCCACGUGGCAACUGGUCGACCCCAUGAGACCUGGACCCUCAAGCUCCUUCCUGAGCCCUGGGCUCCAUCCUCAGGGCCAGCUCCUCCCUACCCAUGCCUCCAUCAUCCCCCCCGAAGACCUGCCUGGGAUCCCCAAAGUCUUCGUGCCCCGUCCCUCCCAGGUUCCCGUGAAGCCCACGGAGGAGGCACACAAGAAGGAGAGGAAACCCCAGAAACCGGGCAAGUACAUCUGCCAGUACUGCAGCCGGCCCUGUGCCAAGCCCAGCGUGCUCCAGAAACACAUCCGCUCACACACGGGCGAGAGGCCCUACCCCUGCGGCCCCUGUGGCUUCUCCUUCAAGACCAAGAGUAACCUCUACAAGCACAGGAAGUCCCAUGCCCACCGCAUCAAAGCCGGCCUGGCCUCGGGAGUGGGCAGCGAGAUGUACCCCCCGGGGCUGGAGAUGGAGAGGAUCCCAGGGGAAGAGUUUGAGGAGCCCACCGAGGGAGAAAGCACCGAUUCGGAGGAGGAAACGGGCACCACGUCUGCCCACCACACGGAGCUCUCCCCUAGGCCCAAGCACCCCCUCCUGUCCAGCGGUCUGUACAGCUCUGGGAGCCAGGGUUCUAGCCACGAGCGCUGUUCCCUGUCCCAGUCCAGCUCAGCCCAGUCGCUCGAGGACCCCACCCCGUUUGCGGAACCCUCAUCCGAACACCCCCUGAGCCAUAAACCUGAGGACACCCACACCAUAAAGCAGAAGUUGGCCCUCCGCUUGAGCGAAAGGAAAAAGGUGAUCGACGAGCAGGCGUUCCUGAGCCCGGGCAGCAAAGGCAGCACUGAGUCCGGGUACUUCUCCCGCUCGGAGAGCGCCGAGCAGCAGGCCAGCCCCCCGAACACCAGCACCAGGUCCUACGCGGAGAUCAUCUUCGGCAAGUGCGGGCGGAUCGGGCAGCGGGCCGCCAUGCUGACGGCCACCUCCACCCAGCCCCUGCUGCCGCUGUCCACCGAAGACAAGCCCAGCCUGGUGCCUUUGUCUGUGCCCCGGACGCAGGUCAUCGAGCACAUCACCAAGCUCAUCACCAUCAACGAGGCCGUGGUGGACACCAGCGAGAUCGACAGCGUGAAGCCCAGGAGGAGCUCGCUAUCGCGGCGCAGCAGCAUGGAGUCGCCCAAAUCCAGCCUCUACCGGGAGCCCCUGCCGUCCCACGGCGAGAAGACCAAGCCCGAACAAUCACCGCUGAGCCUCCAGCACCCGCCCAGCACCACCCCCCCUGUGCCUCUGCUGAGAAGCCACUCAAUGCCUUCUGCGCCCUGCACCCUCAGCACCCCCCACCACACUUUCCGCGGGAGCUACUCCUUCGAUGACCACAUCGCCGACUCCGAAGCCCUGGGCCGCAGCAGCCAAGUGUUUACCUCCCACCCCCGGAUGCUCAAGCGCCAGCCGGCCAUUGAACUCCCUUUGGGAGGGGAGUUCUGUUCCGAGGAGGCAGGGCCAAGUGGCAAGGACACGGCCCCCAAACCCGCAGAGGAGACGGAACCCAAGGAAAGUGAACUCACCAAAAAGACCAAGAAGGGCUUGAAAACAAAAGGGGUCAUCUAUGAAUGUAACAUCUGUGGUGCUCGGUACAAGAAGAGGGACAACUACGAGGCCCACAAGAAAUACUACUGCUCGGAGCUUCAGAUCGCCAAGCCCGUGUCUGCAGGUGCUCACGUGUCCCUGGAAGCCGAGAAGAGUCAGGCCGAGCACGAGCCCUGGUCCCAGAUGAUGCACUAUAAACUGGGGACCACCUUGGAGCUCACUCCGCUGAGGAAGAGGAGGAAGGAGAAGAGCCUCGGGGACGAGGAGGAGCCACCUGCCUUCGAGUUGACAAAAACGCAGUUCGGCGGCCCCAGGCCGUCCGACGCCGCGCGGAGUGUCCCCCCGGAGUCCGCCAAGUCACCAGCAGAACCAAGUAAAUCAGCGCCCUCCCUGGAGGGACCCUCGGGCUUCCAGCCAAGGACGCCCAAGCCGGGGCCCAGUUCAGAAUCAGGAAAGGAGAGGAGAGCAACGUCCAAAGAAAUUUCUGUCAUCCAGCACACCAGCUCCUUCGAGAAGUCAGAUUCUCUGGAGCAGCCCAGCGGCUUGGAAGGGGAAGACAAGUCUCCGGCCCCCGCCCCGUUCUCAUCACCCCCACCCACCCCGCACGGACGCCCGGCUCACUCCCUGCAGCCCAAGCUGGUCCGCCAGCCCAACAUUCAGGUUCCUGAGAUCCUGGUAACCGAGGAGCCCGACCGGCAGGACACAGAGUCAGAGCCGCCCCCUAAGGAGCCCGAGAAGACAGAGGAGUUCCAGUGGCCCCAGCGCAGCCAGACUCUUGCCCAGCUCCCCGCUGAGAAGCUGCCACCAAAAAAGAAGAGACUGCGCCUGGCGGAGAUGGCCCAGUCGUCGGGGGAGUCCAGCUUCGAGUCCUCUGUGCCUCUGUCCCGCAGCCCAAGCCAGGAGAGCAGUGUCUCUCUGAGCGGGUCCAGCCGCUCCGCCUCUUUUGAGAGGGACGACCACGGGAGAGCGGAGGCCCCCGGGCCCUCAUCCGACACGCGCCCCAAACCCACGGGCACACACAUGCUGACCGUCCCCAGCCACCACCCGCACGCCCGGGAGAUGCGGAGGUCCGCCUCCGAGCAGAGCCCCAACGUCUCCCACGCUGCCCACAUGACGGAGAGGCGCAGCAAAUCCUUCGACUGCGGCAGCUUGUCCCUGGCGGGCCCUGCCACCCCGGUGCCGGUGGCUCCCACAGCCCCAGCGGCCCCAGCGGCCCCAGCGGCCCCCCCAGAGAGGAGAAAAUGCUUUCUGGUGAGACAGGCCUCUCUGAGCAGGUUUCCAGAAACAGAGCUGGAGGCCGCCCCCAAGGGAAGACAGGAGAGUGAGGAACCAAAACCCUCCUCCAGUAAAACUUCGGCCAAAAGCUCACUGCCCCAGAUUUCCUCAGUGGCCACCUCACACGCUGGGCACAUGGGAGGCAAGAGCCAGGUGCAGGACAGACCGCCACUGGGGUCCACACCGCCCUACACAGAAGCCCUGCAGGUGUUCCCCCGCCCCGGUGCCCAGCUCCCCCUGCAUGAGAAGCCGUGCCUGCCCCCGCCUGUCUCCCUCUUCUCCUUCCAGCACCUCCUGCAGCAUGAGCCCGGGCAGUCUUCAGACUUCUUCUCCACCCAGGCCAUGUCCAGCCUCCUCUCCUCACCGUACUCCAUGCCCCCCGUUCCUCCCUCUUUAUUUCAAGCUUCGCCACUUCCUCUCCAACCCACUGUUUUGCACCCAGGCCAGCUCCACGUGCCCCAGCUCCUGCCUCACCCGGCCAGCAUCCCCUUCCGGCAGCCCCCUUCGUUUCUGCCCAUGCCGUACCCAUCCUCCUCGGCACUCUCUUCUGGGUUUUACCUGCCUCUGCAAUCCCAGUUUGCCCUUCAGCUCCCCGGUGAUGUGGAAAGCCGUCUGCCGCAGAUCAAAACCAGCCCGGCCCCACUGGCCAUGAGAACGGCCGGCCUCUCCCCCAGCACAGAGUACAGCAGUGACGUCCAGCUGCCCCCCGUGGCUCCCACAGCCAGCUCCUCCGCGCCCACGUCAGCCCCUCCGCUGGCCCUGCCCGCCUGCCCAGAUGCCAUGGUGUCCCUGGUUGUGCCGGUCCGAAUUCAGACCAACAUGCCGUCCUACGGGAGCGCCAUGUACACCACCCUGUCCCAGAUCCUGGUCACCCAGUCCCAAGGCACCUCGGCGACCAUAGCUCUUCCCAAGUUCGAGGAGCCCUCGUGCAAAGGGACGGCAGUGUGUGGGGCAGACGUGCACGAGGCCGGACCCGGGCCGGCAGGGCUAAGUGAGGAGCUGAGCCGAGGCUUCCAGACUCCAUACCUGCGAGUGCCUGUGACAGUACCCGACAGAAAAGGUACUUCCCUGUCCUCGGAGAGUGUCUUGAGCCUGGAGGGGAGUUCUUCGACGGUUGGGGGAAGCAAACGUGUGCUUUCGCCGGCUGGCAGCCUUGAACUUACCAUGGAAACCCAGCAGCAAAAACGGGUGAAGGAAGAGGAGGCUUCCAAGGCAGAUGAAAAACUAGAACUGGUAAAACCGUGCAGUGUGGUGCUUACCAGCCCUGAGGGUGGCAAGAGGCCAGAGAGACCCCCCUUGGGCAGCCAGGGCCAGGGCAGGAGGGAGCUAGAGUUGCUGUCCAGCCUGCCCACAGAUCCAUCUGACCCAAAGGAAAUUCCUCCCCUUCCUCAUCCCACACGACCCCACGUGACAGCUCCGGGUUCAGAGGCUUCGAAAGAGCACGCGCAGCCCUCUGGCAAACCUCACCGAAGAGGGCUGCCCGCUCUGAGUGUGAAGAAAGAAGAUUCCAAGGAACAACCUGACCUCCCUUCACUGGCACCUUCCAGCUCCCAGCUUCCUCUGUCAGAAACGUCCCCCAAACCAGCCAAGUCUCAAGAAGGUACGGACUCAAAGAAGGUACUGCAGUUCCCCAGCCUCCACACAACCACUAAUGUCAGUUGGUGCUAUUUAAACUACAUUAAGCCAAAUCACAUCCAGCACGCAGAUAGGAGGUCCUCUGUUUACGCUGGUUGGUGCAUAAGUUUGUACAACCCCAACCUUCCGGGGGUUUCCACUAAAGCUGCUUUGUCCCUCCUGAGGUCUAAGCAGAAGGUGAGCAAAGAGACAUACACCAUGGCCACAGCUCCGCAUCCUGAGACGGGAAGGCUCGUGCCAUCCAGCUCCCGCAAGCCCCGCAUGACAGAGGUUCACCUCCCUUCGCUGGUUUCCCCGGAAGGCCAGAAAGAUAUAGCUAGAGUGGAGAAGGAAGAAGAGAAGCGAGGGAAGCCGGAGGAGGACACUCCUGCCUCCAAGAGAGGGGAGCCGGCGAGGAUCAAAAUCUUCGAAGGAGGGUACAAAUCAAACGAAGAGUAUGUGUAUGUGCGAGGCCGCGGCCGAGGGAAGUAUGUUUGUGAGGAGUGUGGAAUUCGCUGCAAGAAGCCCAGCAUGCUGAAGAAACACAUCCGCACCCACACUGACGUCCGGCCCUAUGUGUGCGAGCACUGUCACUUUGCUUUUAAAACCAAAGGGAAUCUGACUAAGCACAUGAAGUCGAAGGCCCACAGCAAAAAGUGCCAAGAGACGGGGGUGCUGGAGGAGCUGGAAGCCGAAGAAGGAACCAGUGACGACCCAUUCCAGGACUCAGAAGGGCAGGAGGGCUCAGAGGCGGUGGCGGAGCACCGGUUUUCAGACCUGGAGGACUCGGGCUCGGACUCAGACCUGGAUGACGACGAGGAUGAGGACGAGGAUGAGAGCCAGGACGAGCCACCAGGACCGUCCUCAGAGGCACGCCUGCCGUGCCCGCCCGCCUCGCUGCCCGCAGACUCCUCACCUGUUCGGGACCCGCGGCCCCCAGACGCCACCUCUAGCAGCCAGGCCACACGGGGCGGCUCAGUCUCAGAAGCAGGAGGUUGCUCCACGUCCAGCCAAAGCGUUCUGUGCCUCCCCCGGCUGGGACCAGCCCUUUCGGGCCCCAUGGAGAAGGACACAAGCUCAGCCCUGAGCUCUAAGGCCUUGUCCCCAAGAAGGCCGUGGUCCCCGGGCAAAGAAGCAAGCAGCCGCUCACCACUUGCCCACAAACACCCACUAACCAAAAGCGACUCAUCUCCCCAGAGACAUUCACCGGCCCGAGAGCCACAGGCCUCGGCCCGGAGCCCGCCUGGCUCCCAGACCGGCCCUCUCCCUUGUGGGUCUCCAAGACUUGAGCUGUCUCCUCUCUCCCCCCAGCCCCUGAGAAGGGAGCUGCCCCCUCGAGUGCAUCUGCCCCCCGAACAUGAGGGCACUGCAGACCCAGGCAUCCCCCGACACUCGCCCACCAGGAGACCGUCACCAGGCCAGGCUGAGUCACCACCACGGUCCGUGCUGCUGGGGAAGUGGGCCUUGGCUGGGCCGGGCAGCCCCUCGGCGGGUGAGUGCGGCCCACGCUCGGGGCUGGCCCCGCGGGCUCUCUACCGGCCCGCGCCUCUACCUCACAAGCUUCUUGGCAGAAGCCCCGAGACCUGUGCCUCCACAUGGCAGAAGGCAGAGCCCCGAAGUCCCUCCUGCUCACCUGGCCCUGCUCAUCCUAUCUCCUCCCGACCCUUCUCCGCCCCCCAUGACUUCCACGGCCACACCCCAGCCCGGACAGAGAACGUCUUCAGCCACCUCCCUCUGCACUCGCAGCACUUGGCCCGCGCCCCAUGCCCCCUGAUUCCCAUCGGCGGGAUCCAGAUGGUGCAGGCCCGGCCCGGGGCCCAGCCCACCCUGCUGCCGGGGCCCACCUGGGUCAGUGGCUUCUCAGGGGGUGGCAGCGACCUGACAGGGGCCAGGGAGGCCCAGGAGCGAGGCCGCUGGAGUCCCACCGAGAGCUCGUCAGCCUCCGUGUCCCCCGUGGCUAAGGUCUCCAAGUUCACACUGUCCUCGGAGCUGGAGGGCAGGGACUGCCCCAGGGAGAGGGACAGGACGAGCAGAGGCCCAGGCAGACCUCCCGACCGGGAGGCCCAUGAGGCUGGGGUGUCUGCAGAGCCCGCGCCCACACACAGCCCCCACGCCCUGCCCGAGGCCUCGCUCCAGCCACCCCAGGGCCGCCAGGCAGGGUCCUGGAGCCCCCACGUGGAGUCGCCGCACACACUGGCCAGCCCCCCGGCCUCCGCUGCUCCACCGCUGGACUGCAGCAGUCCUGUGGGCUGCCUGGCAGAGGCCACCACUCGCUUCCCGGCCCAGAGGAGGAACCUCUCUGGGGAACCCAGGACCAGUCAGGGCCCCUCCGAGCCCUCGGGAAGUGGGGGGCCCAGGGCGCCGGCGCACCAGCCCGAGGACAGGGGCUCUCCGAGCACUUAGCCGCUCUCCGACAGCUGCAGCAUCUGGCUCCCGGUGUUCGGCAACAGACGCUUCCAGCCAGCUUCCUCGACCACCUUGCUCUCGUGGGCUGCCCUCCGUCUGUCCCCAUGUCCCAGCAGCCUCUGUUCAGCCCCCUCGGUUGUACCUUCAUGUAUGCAGUUACCUGUGCCUUUUUCUGUACCUUUUGUUGCUUGAAAAGAAACAAACAAAACAUACACACACAUAAAAAAACCCACGAGGAGUUUGAGGCUGUGAAUAUUUUGUGCUUUUUUCAGAAAUGGUAUAGGGGGGCCUCACGCUCCACUGCGGGGGUCAGCAGCCACCCUGCGAGGCUGGCAAGAGGCGGCCAUUUGCUGAGGGAUAGAGGAUGCACUGAGGGAGAAAAAAAACUUUAAAAAAUAUAUAAUUAAAUGCAAAAGCAAGCACUUCUAUGUACAGACGUUUAUGUCCGGUUUAUUGCCACUGUAGCCCGCCCUGGCUAGCGGUCACCCCUCAAUGCCAGCAGAGGGGCCGGUGGCCCCAGACAGAGGGACACAGACGCAGGCAGGGAGAUUCCACUCAGUCUUCACGGGCAAGCCCAGAAAAUUCCAACUUUCUUUUUCCCAAGAAAAAGAAACUGUUUCCUUUCCUAGGAUUUCAACACAAAAUAAUAGCAGGCAGAAGGUAGGAGGGAGCUGGUUGGUUCCCCCAGGCCAGGGCUCCCAGAUGCCCAGGUGGUCUGAGACCUGGGUCCGUUCUGGUCUUUGAGCAGUGGAACC